AUGUCUAUCCCUCAGCCACAGCUUUUCAAGCCCUACUAUGAGCGAUCUGUAAAUGAUCUCGACUCUUGUAUUCCGCGAUAUUUAUACAAGGGAUGCCAGCAGUUUCAAGAGAUCUGCCAUAAUGAGUAUCUUCGCUAUACCGAACUUAAUGACGCUCUGGUCCAACGAUAUAACGGCCAGUGGCAUAAGCUCAAGCACCUUGAUCAAACCAGCUAUCCCCGAUAUCAAAAGCGGCUUGAAGAACUUGAUCAACUUUAUGGUUUCAACAUGACUCGAGAUCUUUAUUGCGACUUGAACAAAAUCCACUGCGCCUCUGGACUAGAGAGUCAGUCCGUCAUGCGUAGCACUUCACACUCUACUGCUUCUAGUAAAACAUUCGAACUCAGGAGUGCAAAGUCUCCGAAAAGAGGAAAAUCAAAACAUCCAAUUUUGGAAGGAACCAUUGCUUCGACUCAACGAGACAUCCCAAGCCUCCAAGUCGAUGAAGAUUACUUCCCUUGUGACCGCAAACCCGAUUCAGGCCUAAAUCCACGGAAGCUCACAAGAUUUUUGUCAAAUCCGACUCCGAACGCCAUUUUCUAUAUUGACCAAGAUACUUUCCAGAAAGACUUCCUCGCUGAGGACAAUCGACUCAGAUUUUCCUUUUUCCGUCAAAACAUUCUAAUCACGAUGGCACCUCUAUCCGAACACGCGAAUGCUACGACUGAGCUAGAGAAGCCGGUUUGGCGAUGGCUCAUAACUAUGAACCUAGAAGACUCGAUUAGGGGAUUUGGCGGCUCUGGAGUGGCAGCUAAAAACGACUCGAAUGAAAUCAAAGUACCCGAUGCAUCAUAUGGGCCCAAAGAAGCCCCCUCUCAAUCCGAUCCAGGAAGACCUUCCCUCAUUCUGGAGAUUGGAAACACUCAAAGCCUUCCCAGUCUGGAAGAGAAUGCCCGCUGGUGGCUAGAUCGUCAAAAGGGUGAUGCGAAAGUUUGCAUCACAUGUAAGCUCGAUCGUAACCCAAGGCUUGUUCUCGAUCUCUGGGAGAGGCAGACUGUCAAUUCACGGGAAAUUACCAGUCACGCCCAACACAUUAUUAUAACUCGAUCCAAAAACGGCGAGGUCAACAUUCGUGGUUCCCCUCUUCACCUCAAAUUUUCUCUUGUAUUUCAGAGACCAUGCAAUGCCGAUUCCAAUGAGCAUGAUCUGACAAUUCAGAGCGAGAGACUGAUUCGAAUUGCCAAAGACAUUUGGACAUUCCAAGGUCUGAACUGA